AAAACAUUGUGUAAAACGUAAAUAAAAAAUCAAUGUAUUGAUUUCCAAAAUCAUUUAAAUCUCACAUUUCAUCUAAAAUAGUACACACGUGUGUGUGGAAACUGUCUGUUGUUGAUGUUGUUAAAAUAAGGCCUUAAAUAUGGAUAGAAAACCAUGAGCUUUGUUCGCUGAUAAUUUGGUAAUACCCAGGUAUGACCUGAAAAAACAAAAAACAACAAAAGAACAGAAAGGAGAUAAGUUUCCUGGAAGCAAAGACAUUUUGUUUUGUUUGUGAAACAAGUGACACGGUUAGCACAAAGAAUUGCUGAGGCCAUCACACACCGACAUCCCUCCCCUGUACUUAGGUGUUCCUCCCACUGUCUCCACCCAUCACUCUUUUCUCCCGCCUGGACGGACACACGGAGAGAGUGAGGGAAAAAAAACCUUAAGAGAGAACCUUAAAACCAGACGGCUUUAAGAUGACUCGGAGUCGUGCAGUCCUCUACUCUUCCCCUUCAACCUGUGGCAGACUUAAAACAUUUAUCCAAGGCACGCUGACGAAGAGGAAAACGCACUGAGACUCUGUUUUGCCCUGCUGUUGGUGUUUGGUGGUGACAACCUGUCCGAACAGGUUUUCUUUCUUGCCAGUAACCCUCCGGCUUUCCUGGUCUUACUCUGGUGUCACUCACGCUGAGAAGGACUUUAAAUAUCACAGACCCUGAAAUCCUGGCAUCGCUGGACAACCGGUUUCUUUGCAAAAAGCAUAUGAUCACCUGAAAGAGAAGACAUGAGGGUGCAACCUUUACCAAGAGCGCAAAUUCUGGAGGAGUUAAACCUGCGAUGCCAGGCGCUGGCUGCCAAUUAUAACAGAGGCUUUAAACAGGAGUUUGAGGAGCUGAAUGAAGUUGGCAGAGACCUCUCGACCAGAGCGGGGGAAUCCGAUGUCAACAGAGAGAAGAACAGAUACCCCUGCAUUUUACCCUACGAUCACUGUCGGGUGAGGCUGUCUGUUCACACCAUCCACCCUCAAACCGACUACAUCAACGCCAGUUUUGUGCCUGGCGGAGGAUCAGAGAGAGACUUCAUCUGCACCCAGGGCCCUUUGCCCAACACCAUGGCCGACUUCUGGAGGAUGGUGUGGGAGCAAAACGUCAGGAUAAUCGUCAUGGUGACGGCUCUGAGAUACAAAGACAUAGUGCUGUGUGAUAAGUACUGGCCUCUGGAACCGAGGACAGUUUAUCAUGGACUGAUCCAAGUGACAACGGUGACUCGCAAACAAGGUCCAGAUUAUUUUAUCACGACCAUUAACCUCCGACAGAGAGACUGCCCGACAGACAGGAUAAUCACACACUACUACUACCCCUCCUGGCCGGACCGGGGCACCCCCAGCCCGUCCUCCCUUUGCGGCUUCACUGAGCACGUGCGGCAACAUUUGGAAGCCAUCCCUCGUCUCGGGCCGACUGUGGUGCACUGCAGUGCAGGCGUCGGACGCUCGGGGACAUUUGUGGCGCUGCUGUGGUUGAUGCAGCUGUGUGCGAGGGGUAUCCGGCCUGAUGUCCGGGCUGCUGUGGAGGAUCUGCGGCUGCAUCGAAUGUGCAUGGUCCAGACUCUGGAGCAGUACAUGUUUGUUCAUCAGUGUCUGCUGCUCUGGCUCAGUGGAGGAGCCUCAGCAGGCAGCCCACAGACCCGGGGAGCCGGCUCGAACGCUAACCAAGGCACUCAGGAUCAGCCCCACGGCUCCUCAGGACGGGGAGCCCGAGCAGGAAGGAGGAGACAUCACCGCCAACGACAGACACCCCCAUCAGACCAACAGCAGAACACAAUACAGAACUUACUGAGGAGGCUACUGCCUUCCUCCUCAUCCCUGAAUCCAGCCUCGUGAACUCAUGCACGGCAAGAAGCAUCAUACAAAAACACUGCGUAUAAAAAAAAACAAAACACAAACACAAAUCACACCUCAGACAGAUGAACAAAGACUGCAGAAAUAAAUAGCGCUGCGUAUGGUAUGAGGACAGGCCCUGCAGGUGGAAAACCGGCCGAACAACAUGCAGAUAAAGAAUCUACACACACAGCACUUUGCAUCUUUACCGGGAAGACAAAUUGAGGGAAUAACCUGCCAGCCAGGUCAAGCGGGUUCUUCUACCCCUCGCUACUGUGAGAUUCAUGAGAAAAAGAUGCUCCAUGACACAAAAUCCACCUCAGGGGACUAACAAAACCUUUCUACUGUGUACAGCUCCACUACUGAUAAAGCGCCAUUGUGAGAUGUCUUUUAUUAAGAUUGUUUUUUUCGUUUGUUUUUUUUUUUUUUUUUUGAAAAAUCAUUGUGCAUCAUUUUAUAUCACACAAUGCAGGCUAUCAGUACUUAAGGAUGCAUGUGCAGAGUUGAUACGAGACUUGCUAGAAAGGCAGACACAUGGUAUAGUGACUGUACAAAAAAGGUCAUGUUUCAAAAACACACAGGCACUGCCAUUCUCCUUAGAUGACUGAAACUCAUUACAGUACAUGAAGGAGCUAUGAGUACUAUACAUUAUAGAACAUUAAGGGCUACCCCCACAUUUCAAAGAGUCUCUUGUCUGUCGUGUAAUAAGACCUGUAUGAUACAAUAGAUCCCCGUCAGGUGAGUUUUUGGGGUUGAUGAUGUACUUAGGAUCCAGCAGCGGUCGUCAUCCUCCCUCUGCCACGUCUCUAAAGUGUGGCAAGUGCUAAGUAGCUGCAGGUCCAGUGGCGAUGGCGCGUUGCAGCCGAGUCCAGACGUGAUUCGAUGCGGCUGAGAUAGUCCCAGUAGCUUCUGCUAUCGAGCCAAGUCACUUCAGAGUCCAGCGUGUCCGCAUGAGGUCUGAGCUCCAGACAGACGAAAGUGAAAGACAAAGAAAGGGGAACCUAAACGACAUGAAAAUCAGCUUUUACCCUACGUUUGGCUGCUCAAUACAGUUUUAAUACCGAGGAGGUAUUCACUGGGACCAAGGCAGAAAAA